UUAUAAAAAUAACUUUUUUGGUAAAAUAAGAUUUAAUUUUAUAGGCACUUGUGAAACAAGAAAUACGAACGGUUCUUGUUUAAAGUUCUUGUUAAAAAGAUAUCUGUCUUUGCCGGAGGUUUAAGCAAUUCUUGAUAAAUAAUAUUUAAUAAAAUAAACGAAUGGACGUCCCCAAUUUUAUUUUAUUAUAAAAUAAAAAAUUAUUUUAAAUUUGUAUUUAAUUUGUUAAAACAAUAAAUAAAUAAUAUCUUUACUGAUAAUUAUUUUUGGACGUCCCCAAAUUGGUACACCCUUAAAAAAAUAUUGUCAAAAUCUUAUGUUUUAAGACGAUCAGGAGGUAAAACUAAUGAUAAUAUCCUAUAAAUAAUAAGAUACACCAAUAGACGUUCCCAAUAUUAUUUUAUUUUAUUAUUUAUCUUUAUAUUUAAUUUAGUUUUCAAUAUUUAAUUUCUAAAUACUCGGUUUCUUUUAUAAAAAAACACUGCCGGACGUCCCUUCGUUAAUACACCCUGAAAUACAUGCCUUAUUCCUAAUAUUUAAAAUGUUGUUUAAUGUUAAAAAUUCAAGCAUUUAUUUGUGUGUUCAAGUAUUAAUUUAAAAUGUCAUUCAAUCAAGAAGUUAAAAACAUUAUGCUACAAAAUGAUGAAACAAAAUUGAUUGCUUUGAAAGAUAUAUUACAAAAAAAUAUUAGUUCUUGUAAUAAUACGAUUCUUGUCGACUCUUACGAAGAAGAAAAAACUCUUAAAAAUUUUGAAAUCUAUCUGCCAAAGAGUUUUAAAGAAAAACAUAAUGGCAGUUAUGUUGUUUUAAGGUCUCAAUCAACAGGAAACUGUCUGUACAGUUCUAUCUCCUUACGUCUUAUUGGAAAUAACUGUAAAGUUAACGAUUUAAGAUUACAGACCUCAAUUGAGCUAUUCUUAAAUGCCGAGUUUUAUUCUAACCAUCCAACUUUUCAUUAUGCUUUUAUUAACAAUACUAGCUCUUUUCUUUGCUAUGAUAACAUUCUUCCUUUAUCAGUAUCACUAAAUUCUUUGGAUUCUGGAAAAAAAAGUAAAGAUUUAGUUCAAGAAGAAGCUAUUAACAAUCGUAACAAUGAAAACUGGUCUUCUUUCCUUUGUAUUCUUGCAUUAUCAAGUGUUUGCAACAAGAAAAUAGAAUGUUUGUAUCCAGAUUUUGGUCUCCAGAAGUAUAAAAUUUUAUUCAGCUCAACUAUUUUACCUCGUAUAACUUCCUUAAACACUAUUGAGUCUUUACAUCUCCUUUUUGUUAUGAAGGUGUAUUAAAUGAUUUUUCCGCUCCUUUUCAACACAACCAUUAUACCCCUGUGAUAAUAAAAGAAAACUUAAAACGAAAAAAUUUAAACAAAAGCUGCAAAAUGUCGCAGACUAAAAUAAAAUUUUAUUUCGAGACCAAACAUCAAGAUAAUAACUAUUCGUUGGACAAUUUAAAAAGUAAACCAAUGGAAGUCUCUAGUCAACCCCCAUUAUCAUUAUCAAAUUUUAGUAAAAUUACAUGUUGCGAAUCAUUUUCUUUACCUUCCAAUAAUUAUGAUAUUGGUUAUUUGGUUUCUAACUAUACUAGUUAUUCAAGUAUUGCAAAAACCUUGAGUAAUUCUGAACUUCAACAUUUAGUUAAAGAUGUUUUUGUACCUUGUAAAACAUUUUCUUUUCCUAAAAAUCUUAAUGGGCGAAGUUUUCAAUAUAUGUGGAUAGAAAAAUUUCCAUGGCUCACAUAUUCGAAAAUAUUCGAUGGAGCCUUUUGUUUGCCAUGUGUACUUUUUGGGUGUAAUUUUCCAUCUGAAUGUAGUUUAGUCGAAAGAUUAUUUCGUAAGCCUUUUGAUUGCUGGAAUGAUGCUUCUCGUUACUUUCAGAAACAUGCAUUUGGCAAAAACAAUAAUAAGUCUGUCUGCAGAAAUAAAGGCUUACAUGUAAAAACUGCUGAAGUUUUAUUUUCAUUGUCGUCGAUUUGGUCUUCUAAAACAGAAUCAAUAGAUAUUACAUCUCAAAAAAUAGUUCAAUCACAGGUUUCUAAAAACCGACAGUUAUUACAACCAACUAUUGAAACAAUUAUUCUCUGUGGACGUCUUGGUCUUUCUUUACGAGGCCAUAGAGACGAUUCAGAGUUUCAUCCUGAAAAUAGUGAGUCUUUUAAUCAUACUGUUGGAAAUUUUAUUGAAUUUUUACAUUUUCGUAUUAAAGCUGGUGAUAAAGUUCUUGAAGAUCAUCUUAAAUAUCAUCAACAAAAUGCUUCUCACAUAUCUAAGACAUCACAAAAUCAGUUAAUAAGGUGUUGUGGAGAAGUUAUUACUGACACAAUAAUAGGAGAAAUUAAAAAUUCUAAAUAUUUUUCUAUUAUUGCUGAUGAAGCUUCUGACAGUUCAAACAAAGAACAGCUAUCAUUAGUUAUACGGUUUGUUGAUUCAAAGUUUAAUAUAAGAGAGGAAUUUAUCAGUUUUUUACAUUGCACAAAUGGUGUUACUGGUCAAGGAUUAUUUGAUAUUUUGUUAAAAAGUAUUUCAGAUUUUUCUUUAGAUAUCAUGAAUUGCAGAGGACAGUCAUAUGAUGGUGCUGGAGCAAUGGUUGGUCACACCAAAGGAUUGUCCUCUCGUAUUUUAAUUCUAAAUGAAAAAGCUACAUUUGUUCAUUGCUAUAGCCAUAGGCUUAAUUUAGUUAUUUGUGACUCGUGCAAUGUGCAAUAUGUCAAGAAUCUUCUGGCAUAUGUUAAAGAGGUAUCAUAUUUUUUCAAUCUUUCACCUACCAGACAACAAAAGUUAGAGGAACACAUUGAAUGUACUGUUCCAAUAGCUGUUAAAAAAAAAUUAAAAGAUGUUUGCAGAACACGUUGGGUGGAAAAAGUAAAUGGUUUAGAUACUUUUCAAGAACUUUUUAUUCCUUUGGUCUCUUGUCUUGAAGAAAUGUCUUUAAAUGCCAAUAAGAGUUUUAAUCAUUCAACAGCUUCUAGUGCAUCAUCCCUUCUGAAACUAAUUACAGGUUUUGAUUUUAUUGUUGCUAUGUGCAUAACAAGAAAUGUGUUUGACUUAACUCUUCCCAUAACGCGAAUGUUGCAGUCAAAGAGUAAUGAUAUUUAUGAUGGUUUGAAUCUUAUUCAGGCGUUAAAAGAUGUUGUGAUUUCACUUAGAAAUAUCGUUGAUCAACACCAUAAAAUGUGCUAUGAACAGGCUUUAAAAAUUGCACAAAGUAUUAAUGUAGCUGAAGCAAAGCCAAGAACUUCAUUUAUUUCCAAAAACAGAGAUAAUACUCCUUCUGAAUCUAUUUCUGAUUAUUUUAAGUUAGUUAUCACGAUUCCUUUAUUAGACCAUCUAAGUGUUGAACUAGACACAAGGUUUGAUGAUACUACCUUAAAAUGUUAUAAAGCACUUGUGCUAGUUCCUACAAAAAUGAUUUCAGUAGUGCAAUGUUCUCAUGACACCAGUUGGAAAGACUCCAUCAUAUCUUUCAGUGACUUUUACGCAACAGACUUACUGAAUCCGCUUGCUUUGUCUGGUGAGCUUGAUUUAUGGGAAGCCUUCUGGUUAAAUUUUGAAGGAGAUGUCCCUUCUAAUAUUUCCGAGACGUUAAAAGCGAUAAAUUUUCCUGGUUUUGAAAACAUAAAAGUUUGUCUUAAGUUACUUGCUACCUUUCCAUUAACUUCAUGUGAGUGUGAGCGGACAUUUUCUUCACUUCGGCGCCUAAAAAAUUAUAUGCGAAGCACCAUGGUUCAGGACCGUCUAAAUGGUUUAGCAUUAAUGAAUAUUCAUUCAGAAAUAGUUAUAGAUAUCAAUAAAGUCAUUGAUAAGUUUGCCACUAAUGAUCGUAGAUUAACUUUCAAAUAAAUAUAAAAUAUAUUAAAAAAAAUUUUUUCUUUAAUAAAAAAAUGCAAAAUACUAAAAAAAAACAGUGCAAAAAAAGUCAGCUUCUUUUGCCAAUGGUAAAAAAAACGGCUAUUUUCAUAGCCACACACUUUUAUAAAACAUUAUUUGGCAUAAAGGAAUUAUUAACAUACAUUGAGUUGCAUACAUGUUGGUUUCAGGUAUAUCGUUUUUUUUAUGCUAUGUUGAAAUGAUUAUAUUGUAAAUGUUUUUAUCUUUUGAACUGAUUUUUUCAGAUUUUAUAUAUUUUGCAAGCAUCAAUAGAAUUAAGAUUUUAAAAUCUACUUUUGCUAUGCAAAAUAAAAUACUAAGAUUGUGGCAAUUUCUGUAUAUAUAAUUCAACUUUAAUUAUUAUAAUAUAUAGUUAUUUCUGUUAUUUAUAUUUGUUACAAUAUAAACAAAUUAUAUAAUUAUUUACAAUAAAAAUAUAAAAUGUGUAAAUAUAAAUCUAGUUUGUCAUAAUAAGUUUGUAAAUAUUAUGUAAACAUAAUUUUACUAUGGUAAGGUGCCCAAGCGAUAUCCUUGCGUAUUUUUAGGCCUAUAUAUAUAUAUAUAUAUAU